AUGAGCGGCGGGACGCCGUACAUCGGCAGUAAGAUCAGCCUCAUCUCCAAGGCGGAGAUCCGAUAUGAGGGGAUCCUCUACACCAUCGACACUGAGAACUCCACUGUGGCCCUGGCCAAAGUCCGUUCCUUUGGAACUGAGGAUCGGCCCACAGAGAGGCCUGUAGCUCCUCGAGAUGAAGUGUUUGAAUACAUCAUAUUCCGGGGGAGCGAUAUCAAAGACCUCACAGUGUGCGAACCUCCGAAGCCCCAGUGCUCCUUGCCACAAGACCCGGCCAUAGUCCAGUCUUCACUAGGAUCCUCUGCGGCCUCCUCUUUUCAGACUGCAAGCUCCUAUGCCCCAUUCAGCAGGAUGCCGGCGUACAGCCAGUUCAACUCAGGCCCUCUGAUGCCUCAGCAGUUUGGAGCUGUGGUGUUGGGCAGCACACUGAGCUCAUUUGGUGCAGACUCUGCAUCCAGUGCUUCUCUAGGCUCAUCCAGCACUGUGGCUUCAUCCUUUAACCAAGACCCAAGGACCCAAAAAACACAACUGUCACAAGGUCGCACAAGUCCUCUGCUAGAUCCCUUACGGAAGAGUCCAACCCUUGAACAGGGGGUCCAGACGGCAUCGGCUGUUCCGCCAGCGGUGACUGCAGCUGUUGGCAGAAGGAGUCCAGUUCCUUCCAGAUCUCUGUCAUCCACAAUACAAAAGACCUUGGAAAGUCCAGAGCAAAGAAAAAGUGAGCAGCAGCUCUUUGCUUUGUCUUUUGUAUCCUUGUUGUACAAUCAUGCCUAUUGUUUCACCAAAGCCAGUACAGCAGCAGGCACAUCCCAGCCCAGGAGAGGUCGCGGUGGUCACAGAGGGGGCCGAGGGAGAUUUAAUGUCAGGCGAGACGGUCCCAUGAAAUUUGAGAAGGACUUUGACUUUGAAAGCGCGAAUGCACAAUUCAACAAAGAAGAAAUCGACAGGGAGUUUCACAACAAGUUAAAAAUAAAAGAUGAGAAAGCGGAGAAGCCAGUGAAUGGGGAGGACAAAGGAGACUCUGGAGUGGAAAUGCAAACCAGUGAAGGAACGACAGAAGAGGAAGAGGUGCCUUGUUACUACGAUAAAACCAAAUCUUUCUUCGACAACAUCUCCUGCGACGAUAAUAGAGAGCGAAGACAAACGUGGGCUGAGGAGCGAAGACUUAACGCUGAGACAUUUGGUGUUCCUUUGCGCUCCAGAGGACGUGGUGGUUUCAGAGGCCGAGGAGGAAAACAUGGGCUACCGUGGUGGAAGAGGGCGAGGCGAAAGAAGAGGCGGCGGGGGUUUUGGGGCACCCAGAGGUUUCCGUGGAGGCUACAGAGGAGGGCGUGGGGGAAGGGAAUUUACAGACUAUGAAUACAGG